AUGGAGAUGCAGAUGGAGAUAGGAAUUGGAUACAAUGCGGAUCCCAUUUUGGAAAGAAACAAGGAAAUUGACCUGGAGGCCACUGCAACUUGGCUUCACUUGAACCCUAUUGGAGAGAGAGUGGACUGGUUUAAGGCGAUUUGGUUUAAAGGAAAAAUUCCCAAGCAUGCCUUCAUUGCUUGGGUUAAUAUGAGACAUAGGCUCCAUACAAAGGAUAGAAUGAUAAGCUGGGGAUUUAUUUUUCCGCCCCUUUGCUUAUUUUGCAAUACUCAUGAUGAGACAAGACAACAUCUGUUUUUUGAUUGUGAGUUUGCAAGGGAGGUUUGGAUCUAUUUCACUUCUCGGGUCCAUGUUUUUCCUCCUCUUUUGUUUGAAGAUGGAAUUAGAUGGCUAAAGAAUCCUUGUCAGGACAAGAAUGUGACGACGAUUCUUAGGCUUUCCCAUCAUGCAUCGGUGUACACGAUCUGGAAGGAACGAAAUGCUCGACUUCACGAUUCGGCUUCAAGACCUGCAGCAGCUCUGAUUUUGGAGAUUAAGUCAGUUAUUCGGUGUCACUUGGAUCCGCUUUCAAGAGCUCAAAGAUUAGGUCCUAAUAGAAUUUCCUUUCUCGCCACUUGGUUUGGUCUCUUUGAUUGA